UCCAGCUGUACGACUGCUCAGCCGGCCAAUCAGAUUGCUCCCAGUGCAGGGCGGUGCCACAGGAGUACGACUGUGUGUGGUGUUCAGGAAGCCCCGCCUCCAGUUGUGUUUACAGGCAGUCAUGUUCCGGUGUACCUGCAGACACCUGUCCGUCUCCUCGGAUCACACAGGUGCAGCCUGUUUCUGGGCCUCUAGAGGGCGGGGUUCUGGUGACGAUCUCAGGGUCUAAUCUGGGCACCAAGUACCAGGAUGUGGUGGGCGGAGUAAUGGUGGCAGGUGUUCCAUGUGUGCCUCAGCCUGAAGGAUAUCAAAUCUCCACCAGGGUUGUAUGUGAGCUGCAGUCUAGUGGGACAAAGAAGACUGGCUCUGUCGAGGUUAAAGUGGGAACGUCUCUACCUGGGAGGUCAACACAGAUGUUCACUUACCAGGAUCCCCAGCUUAUGGAUCUGGUUCCAGAUAAAGGUCCAGUUUCUGGAGGAACGAGGCUAACCAUCAGAGGACGACAGUUGCUGACUGGACAGAAGUCAGAUCUAAGAGUAUACCUGGGCUCUUAUCCCUGCUUCAUUUUGGAGGAGGUGACUGACUCCCAGUUGGUGUGUGAGACCAGUUCCAGCAGUCAGACUCAUUCUGUCCCAGCUCGGGUGUUCUUUGGUAAAGCGGAGAAGACAGUUCCUAACAUUACCUUUCAUUACGUUGACGACCCUAUCAUCACUGACGCCACACCUGCAGAGAGUUUUUAUGCAGGUGGCCGUGUGGUCAUGGUAACAGGAAAGAACUUGGAUGUGGUGCAGCAACCAAAGAUCAGUGUGGGGGUGGAGCCUCUGGUGGUUCAGAGGGUGAAACGAAGAAGACGAUUGGCUCUGCUGACCACCAAGCAACAACUGGUCUUCAACCCCACCAUGAUGAUGGUAUCAGAACACUGUUCUGUCCUUGCGUCCUCUCAGAUGACAUGUCCGACCCCCGCAGUGUCCCCGGAGCUCAGGGUUAAAGACGUGUGGUUCCAGCUGGACAAUGUUAAAGUCCUGUAUAAGAGCAUUAAGGGAAGAAGUUUCACGUACCAUCCAAACCCUGUUCUGUUUCCUCUGAACCGGGACACUCCAGAUGCUCCRUAUCAUUUCAAGGCUGGAGGAGUGAUAGCUGUGGAGGGUCAGGACCUGACCAAAGCCAUGUCCAAACAGGAAGUCCAGGCUCGACUUGGAGAUCACGAGUGUCAGCUAAAAACUCUGGACAGUACUCAUCUGUACUGCGAGCCCCCCGAGGUUCAGCCGAAGAGCGUAGACGAUGGCAGCGUGCUGCCCAGCCUCAAGGUGUUCAUGGGUAACCUGCAGGUGGACCUGGGACUGGUUCAGUAUGACAGUGACUCCUUGCUGUCUCCCAUCCCAUUGGCUGCUCAGAUUAGUUUGGGGGCGGGAGCAGCAGUUAUUAUCCUGUCGGUGCUGGUUGUCAUCCUCAUGUACAG